GAAUCUCAUCCUCCAUUACUAUUCAAUGUUCAUGGAAUAAAUGUCUCAUAUUUGUGUGAGCUUAUUGUGUAGAAGUGUGUAGAAAAGUAAAAACGAAGCUUUAAUAUCGUGGUAAUUUACAAAUAAAAAAUAUAAAAUGGCAAGUUCUGGAAAUUCAUCAAGUGCCGGUUCAGCAUUAACCAAGUUUGGCCUUCGUCCAGUUACAAAAUGUAACCUGGUUAAAUUUUAUAUUCCUGCUUUUGGUGCUGCAUCAUACACUGGUUUAGCAAUUAAUAUCAUGAAUCCAAGUAUCAAAACUGACAUAACAAAUGUUUUAUUGGGAGGUACAUUGAUUGGAACUGGUACAUAUAUUUACACCAGAGAUCACAUGAAAACUGCAUCACAAACAUCAAGAGUUAUUUACAGUGCAAGUGGUGCUGUACUUUUUACCUUUGGAUCUGUUCUUAGUUGGGCUGUUUUACAAUCAGCAACUUCUGGAAAUUCAUCAUUGUCAACAAUUCUUGGUGUUGGUAUUGGUCUUGCUGCUUUAAAAACUGGUCACAGUUAUUUGGGUUUUGUCGACAGUCAAGUUGCAAAAAAGUAAUUAUUUAAAUGUCUGAAUUAACUUGAUAGAUUUUCGUAAAAUAAAAAAAACAAAACAACAUAUACUUAUUAAUUUUUUUUUUUUUUUUUUCUAAGUAAUUCAGGUACAUUCUUAGCUAGAUUUUUUAGGCGUGUUCUAAAUAAAAUCCUAUGCUUUUUCCGUUGAAGAUUUUGUCAUAUCAACCCCAAAAAACUAUUUAUUUUUUCCAUUAUUUAUCAAUGUUAUGCAAUAUAUUCCAAUAAAAACCAAUUAUAGAUUGAUAAAAACAAUUAUUCUAUAUGUUAAUAUACUCCCACAAAAGCCCAUAUUUAACCUUUCUAAAAGUAGCCAACUUUAAUUA